AUGGCCCUGGCCUUGUGGGUCUUCAGUCUGCUGGGCUCAGCCUGCGUGGUGUCAGCCAACAUCUUCGAAUACCAGGUGGACGCCCAGCCUCUGCGUCCUUGCGAGCUGCAGAGGGAGAGGGCCUUUCUGAAAGGAGCAGAGUAUGUUCCUCAGUGCGCGGAAGACGGCAGCUACCAGACGGUCCAGUGCCAGAAUGACGGGCGCACCUGCUGGUGUGUGGGUGCCGACGGCGUGGAGGUGCCCGGCAGCAGGCAGCCUGCUCGGCCCGCGGCCUGCCUGUCAUUCUGUCAGCUGCAGAGGCAGCAAAUCCUGCUGAGCGGCUACCUUAACAGCACCGCCACAUCCUACCUCCCCCAGUGCCAGGAGUCGGGGGGUUACGCACCCGUGCAGUGCGACCUGUGGCAGCAGCAGUGCUGGUGCGUGGAUGCCGAAGGGAUGGAGGUGUACGGGACACGCCAGCUGGGCAGGCCAGCCCGCUGUCCUCGGAGCUGUGAGAUAAGAAACCGGCGUCUCCUCCAUGGGGUGGGAGACAAGUCACCACCCCAGUGUUCUCCGGAUGGGGAGUUCAUGCCUGUCCAGUGCAAGUUUGUCAACACCACGGACAUGAUGAUCUUUGACCUGGUUCAUAGCUACAACAGGUUUCCAGAUGCAUUCGUGACUUUCAGUGCCUUCCGGAGCAAGUUCCCUGACGUGUCUGGUUAUUGUCACUGUGCAGACAGUCUAGGGCGGGAGCUGGCCGGCACAGGUUUGGAGCUGUUGCUCGACGAAAUUUAUGACACCAUUUUUGCUGGCCUGGACCUUGCUUCCACCUUCGCCGAAACCACCCUGUACCGGAUAUUGCAGAGACGGUUCCUAGCGGUCCAGCUAGUCCUCUCCGGCCGCUUCCGAUGCCCCACAAGAUGUGAAGUGGAGCAGUUCACGGCCAGCAGCUUCGGUCACCCCUACACUCCGAGCUGCCGCCGGGACGGGGGCUUCCAGGCGGUGCAGUGCCAGAGGGGAGGGCCGUGCUGGUGUGUGGACGCCCGAGGGAAGGAGAUCCCCGGGACUCGGCGGCCAGGGGAACGGCCAUCUUGUGCUGAAACCCAGCUCUGUGCGUCAGAGAGGAGGCAGGCCCUGUCUAGACUAUUCUUUGGGCCCUCAGGCUACUUCAGCCAACACAGCUUGUUUCUGGCUCCCGAUGGAAGACAGGUGUCUCAGAGAGUAGCCAGAUUUGCCACAUCCUGCCCACCCUUGAUCAAGGAGCUCUUUGUGGACUCUGGGAUUCUCCGCCCCAUGGUAGAAGGGCAGGAUAAACAGUUUUCUGCCUCAGAAACUCUCAUCAGAGAAGCCAUUGGAGCAAUCUUUCCCUCCCGGGAGCUGGCUCGUCUUGCCCUCCAGUUUACCACUGACCCAACACGACUCCAGCAAAACCUCUUUGGAGGGAAAUUUUUGGUGAAUGUUGGCCGGUUCAACUUGUCUGGAGCCAUUGGCACCAGAGGCACAUUUAACUUCAGUCAAUUUUUCCAGCAGUUUGGUCUCCCAGGCUUCCAGAACAGCGAGACAGACCUAGCCCAGCCCCUCUCAGUGGGAUUAGAUUCACAGCCUGCCACAGCACCCCCUGAAGCCUCUAAAGAGGGAACGGCUAUGAAUGUGCCAGUUGUGGGCAGCUUUGGCUUCCAGAUCAACUUACAAGAGAACCAAAAUGCCCUGACAUUCCUGGCGUCUCUUCUGGAGCUUCCAGAAUUUCUUCUCUUCUUGCAGCAUGCUAUUUCUGUGCCAGAAGACAUAGCAAAGGAUCUAGGUGAUGUGAUGGAAAUGGUACUCAGCUCCCAAGACUGUGAGCAGACACCUGGCAACCUUUUUGUGCCACAGUGCUCAGCAGAAGGAGACUACGAGGAUGUCCAGUGCUUUGCUGGAGAGUGCUGGUGUGUGGAUUCCCGGGGCAAAGAACUGGCUGGCUCCAGGGUUAGAGGUGGACGACCCCGAUGCCCCACAGAGUGUGAGAAGCAAAGGGCUCUCAUGAGAAGCCUCUCGGGCAGCCUGCCUGCUGGGGCCAGCCUGUUCGUCCCUUCUUGUACCAGCGAGGGGCAUUUCCUACCCGUCCAGUGCUUUAACUCAGAGUGCUACUGCGUGGACACCAAUGGUCAGGCUAUUCCUGGAACUCGAAGCCUGCCUGGAGAACCCAAGCAAUGCCCCACGCCAUGUCAGUUACAGGCCGAGCAAGCCUUCCUGGGGAUAGUGCAAGUACUGGGCUCUGACUCCAGCAUGCUGCCCACCUUCUCCAGUAGCUACAUCCCACAGUGCAGCACCGCUGGGCAGUGGAGGCCCGUGCAAUGCGAUGGCCCCCCUGAGCAGGCCUUUGAGUGGUAUGAGAGAUGGGAGGCCCAGAACAACAGUGGCCAGGAGCUGACCCCUGCCGAGCUGCUCAUGAAGAUCAUGAGCUAUAGAGAAGCUGCUUCUGGAAGCUUUCGCCUCUUUAUUCAAAGUCUGUAUGCGGCUGGCCAACAGGGCAUCUUCCCGGGGCUGGCGAGAUACCCAUCUUUUGAAGAUGUUCCGCUGGCGGUGAUGGAAGGCAACCGGACCCAGCCUGGAGGGAACAUCCUCCUGGAGCCCUACCUCUUUUGGCAGAUCCUGAAUGGCCAGCUCAGCCGAUACCCAGGGGCCUACUCAGACUUCAGCGCUCCUCUGGCACACUUCGACCUUCGGAGCUGCUGGUGUGUCUCUGAAGCUGGUCGAGAACUGGAAGGCACCCGGACAGAGCCGAGCAAGGUCCCAGCAUGUCCUGGUUCUUGUGAGGAGGUGAAGCUUCGUGUCCUGCAGUUCCUUAAGGAAACAGAAGAGAUCGUCCUGGCUUCCAACAGUUCUUGGUUCCCUCUGGGAGAGAGUUUCCUAGCGGCCAAAGGAAUCUGGCUGACGGAUGAGGAGCUCUCCCUUCCUCGACUCUCUCCAUCCCGGGAGACUUUCUCAGAGAAGUUUCUGAGUGGAGGCGAUUAUGCCCUUCGUUUGGCAGCUCAGUCUACCCUUGACUUCUAUCAGAGACGCGGCUUUCUCCUGGGGGAUUCCACACGGACAUCUGCGCUUCUGCGGCCUGUCCCCUACGUGCCCCAGUGCGACGUGUGGGGAGGCUGGGAGCCUGUGCAGUGCCAUGCCAGGACAGGGUACUGUUGGUGCGUGGACGGCAAGGGAGAGUACGUCCCUGCCUCGCUGACUGCCCGUUCCCCACGGAUCCUGCGGUGCCCCACUGCCUGUGAGAAAUCUCGAGCCAGUGGGCUGCUUUCCAGCUGGAAACAGGCUGGAUCCCAGGGAAACCCGUCUCCAAAAGACCUGUUCAUCCCAACCUGCUUAGAGACAGGAGAGUUUGCCCGGCGGCAAGAGUCAGAGGGGGGCACCUGGUGUGUGGACCCAGGCUCGGGGGCGGGCAGGCCCCCCGGCACGGACAGCAGUGCCCCGUGCCCGAGCCUCUGUGAAGAGCUCUCGAGUGGGACCCUCUCCAGGAGAGCCAGCUCAGGCUAUAGCCCAGCCUGCAGGGCAGAGGACGGAGGAUUUUCCCCCGUGCAGUGUGACCUGGCCCAGGGCAGCUGCUGGUGUGUCCUGGACAGUGGAGAGGAGGUGCCUGGGACCCGCGUGGCCGGGAGCCAGCUGGCCUGUGAGAGCCCCCGGUGCCCACUGCCGUUCAACACGACGGAUGUGGACGGUGGAGUGAUCGUGUGUGAGCGAGCCUCGGGCCCGGGAGGGGCCCCCGUCCAGCGGUGCCAGCUGCUGUGUCGCCGGGGCUACCGGAGUGCGUUCCUGCCAGGGCCGCUGGUGUGUAGCCUCGAGGAGGGUCGCUGGCUGUCACAGCCGCCGCAGCCCCAGGCCUGCCAGCGGCCCCACCUGUGGCAGACCUUUCAGACCCAAGGGCAGUUCCAGCUCCAGCUCCCGCCAGGCAAGAUGUGCAGCGCCGACUACGCGGGCUUGCUGCCGGCCUUCCAGGUCUUUCUAGCAGACGAGCUCGAGGCCCGUGGUUUUUGUCAGAUCCAGGCAAAGACUUUGGGGACCCCCAUUUCCAUUCCUGUCUGCGACAGCUCCACGGUGCAGGUGGAGUGUGUGACCGGAGAGCGUUUAGGAGUGAAUGUCACGUGGAAGUUGCACCUGGAGGAUGUCCCACCGGCCUCUCUUCCUGAUUUGCAUGACAUCGAGGAGGCCUUAGUUGGCAAGGAUCUCAUUGGACGCUUCACGGAUCUGAUCCAGAGUGGAGGGUUCCAGCUUCACCUGGAUUCUAAGACUUUCCCAGCAGACACCUCCAUCUACUUCCUUCAGGGGGACCGCUUCGGCACCUCUCCCAGGACAUGGUUUGGGUGCUUGGAAGGAUUCCACCAAGUCUUGGCUCCCAGCAAUGCCCCUCAGGACCCAUGGGGGUGUGUUAAGUGUCCCGAAGGAAGCUAUUUUCAGAAGGAGAUUUGCAUUCCCUGUCCUGUUGGAUUCUACCAAGAACAGGCAGGGAGCAUGGACUGUGUCCCAUGUCCCGUGGGCAGAACGACCAUUUCCCCUGGAGCUUUCAGCCACACGCACUGUGUCACCGACUGUCAGAGGAGUGAGGUGGGCCUGCGGUGUGACCAGGACGGCCAGUACCGAGCCAGCCAGAGGGACGGGGCCGGCGGGAAGGCCUUCUGUGUGGACGGCGAGGGGCGGCGGCUGCCCUGGUCGGAAACGGAGGCUCUGCUCACCGACUCCCAGUGUCAGAUGAUGCAGAAAUUUGAGAAGGCUCCAGACUCUAAGGUGGUCUUCAGUGCCAAUGUCACUGCGGUGGGCAGGUCCAAAGUUUCUGGCUCUGGGUCCCCCCUGCUGCAGUGCUUGACAGACUGUGCUUUGGAUGAGACCUGCAGCUUCCUCGCGGUGUCCACGGCGGGAUCCGAGGUCUCCUGUGAUUUCUAUGGCUGGACAAGUGACAGCAUCGCUUGCACGACUUCUGCGCAGCAUCAGGACACGUUGGGGAACUCAGAGGCCACCAGCUUCGGAAGCCUCAGGUGCCAAAUGACAGUGAGGAGUGGGGCUCAAGACUCUCCGGCUGUGUAUCUGAAGAAAGGCCAAGAAUUCACCACCACAAGUCAGAAGAGCUUCGAGCAAACAGGUUUCCAAAACACGCUCUCUGGACUGUACCGGCCCGUCAUAUUCCCAGCCUCAGGAGCUGAUCUGACUGGGGCUCAUCUCUUCUGUCUGCUGGCCUGUGACCGUGAUUCAUGCUGUGACGGCUUCAUCCUUGCCCAGCUCCAAGGAGGGCCCAUCAUCUGUGGGUUGCUGAGCUCCCCCGAUGUCCUACUUUGCCAUGUCAAAGACUGGAGGGACCCCACUGAAGCCCAGGCUAAUGCCACCUGUCCUGGUGUGACAUAUGACCGGGGGAGCCGCCAGGCGACGUUGCGUCUGGGAGGCCAGGAGUUCAGGGUUCCGGUAGCCCUGGAAGGAACUUCGGGCACCGUUACCAGCUUCCAGCGGGUUUAUCUCUGGAAAGAGUCUGACAUGGGAUCUCGGUCUGAGUCUAUGGGAUGUAGGAGAGACAUGGAACCAAGGCCAGCAUCUCCAACAGAAACAGAUUUGACAACAGAGCUUUUCUCCCCUGUGGACCUUGACCAGGUCAUUGUCAAUGGAAGCCAAUCCCUGCCCAGCCAGCAGCACUGGCUUUUCAAACACCUGUUUUCACCUCAGCAGGCAAACCUGUGGUGCCUGUCUCGCUGUGUCCAGGAGCCCUCUUUCUGUCAGCUGGUGGAGAUAACAGACAGUGCACCCUUGUAUUUCACCUGCGCCCUCUACCCAGAAGCCCGGGUGUGUGACAGUGUAAUGGAGUCCAGUCCCAAGGGGUGCAGACUGAUCCUGCCCCACAGGCCAGAGACCCUGUUCCGGAAGAAAGUUAUACUGAGAGAUAAAGUGAAGAACUUUUAUACUCGCCUGCCAUUCCAAAAAUUGAUGGGGAUUUCCAUUAGAAACAAAAUGCCCAUGUCGGAAAAAUCCAUUUCCAAUGGCUUCUUCGAAUGUGAAUGGCUGUGUGAUGCGGACCCAUGCUGCACUGGCUUUGGUUUUCUCAAUGUUUCCCAGUUAACAGGAGGAGAGGUGACAUGCCUAACUCUGAACAGCUUGGGACUUCAGACAUGCUCUGAAGAAAACAUGGGAGCCUGGCGCAUUCUGGACUGUGGCUCCCCUGACACUGAGGUCCGAACCUAUCCCUUCGGAUGGUACCAGAAGCCUGCUGCUCGGAAUGAUGCUCCCAGUUUUUGCCCUGUGGUGACUCCACCUUCCCUUCCAGAGAAAGUCACUCUGGGCUCCUGGCAGUCCCUGGCUCCCUCUGCUGUAGUUAUUGACUCGUCCAUCAGGAACUUUGAUGUUGCUCACGUCAGCACUGCCACCACCAAUGACUUCUCUGAUGCUAGAGACUUCUGUCUGCUGGAAUGUUCCCGUCACCAGGCCUGCCUUGUUACCACUCUGCGAGCCCAACCUGGUGCCGUGAGGUGUGUAUUCUAUGCCGAUGCCCAGAUCUGCACACAUAGCCUGCAGGCCCAGAACUGCCAACUUCUGCUCCGCGAGGAGGCCACCCACAUCUACCGGAAGCUGAACAUCCCUCUGCUCAGCUUUGGGACAUCUGUACCUUCUGUGACCAUCACGCCCCAUGGCCAGCUGCUGGGCAGGUCCCAGGCCAUCCAGGUGGGCACCUCGUGGAAGCAAGUGGAUCAGUUCCUGGGAGUUCCAUAUGCCACCCCACCCCUGGCAGAGAGCCGCUUCCGGGCGCCAGAGCCCUUGAACUGGACAGGGUCCUGGGAUGCCACCAAGCCACGGGCCAGCUGCUGGCAGCCAGGCACUAGAACGCUCGAGUCUCCUGGGGUCGAUGAAGACUGCUUAUAUCUUAAUGUGUUUGUCCCUCAGAACGUGGCCCCCAAUGCAUCUGUGCUCGUGUUCUUCCACAAUACCCUAGAGGGCAGGGGCAGUGAAGGACCGCUGGCCAUCGAUGGUUCCUACCUGGCUGCCAUUGGCAACCUCAUUGUUGUCACUGCUGGCUACCGAGUGGGCAUCUUCGGCUUCCUGAGUUCUGGUUCUGGUGAGUUGAGUGGCAACUGGGGGCUGCUGGACCAGCUGGCGGCUCUGACCUGGGUGCAGACCCACAUCGGAGUGUUCGGUGGGGACCCUCGGCGCGUGACCCUGGCAGCAGACCGUGGCGGAGCUGAUGUGGCCAGCAUCCACCUUCUAACCACCAGGGCUGCUGACUCCAGACUGUUCCGGAGAGCCAUACUGAUGGGUGGCUCUGCAUUCUCCCCAGCUGUUGUCAUCAGCCAGGGGAGGGCUCAGGAGCAGGCAGCUGCUCUGGCAGAGGAGAUCGGCUGCCCCACCUCGUCCACCCAAGAACUGGUGUCCUGUCUCCGCCAGAAGCCUGCCAGCAUCCUCAAUGAUGCCCAGACCAAGCUCCUGGCCGUGAGUGGCCCUUUCCACUACUGGGGUCCUGUGGUUGAUGGCCAGUACCUCCGAGAGGCUCCAGCCAGAGCACUUCAGAGGACUCUGCGGGCAAAGGUGGAUCUGCUGAUUGGGAGUUCUCAAGAUGACGGGCUCAUCAACAGAGCGAAAGCCGUGAAGCAAUUUGAGGAAAGUCAAGGCCGGACCAGUAGCAAAACAGCCUUUUACCAGGCGCUGCAGAACUCACUAGGUGGUGAGGACGCGGACGCAGGUGUCCGGGCGGCUGCCACGUGGUACUACUCCCUGGAGCACUCCACUGACGACUACGCCUCCUUCUCCCGGGCCCUGGAGAAUGCCACCCGAGAUUACUUUAUCACCUGUCCCGUAAUCGACAUGGCCAGCCACUGGGCAAGGAGAGCCCGAGGAAAUGUCUUCAUGUACCAUGCUCCCGAAAGCUAUGACCACCGCAGCCUGGAAUUGCUGGCAGAUGUUCAGUAUGCCUUCGGGCUUCCCUUCUAUCCUGUCUACGAGGGGCAGUUUACUCUGGAGGAGAAGAGCCUGUCGUUGAAAAUCAUGCAGUUCUUUUCCAACUUUGUCCGAUCUGGAAAUCCCAACUACCCGCAUGAGUUCUCAAGGAAAGCCUCUGAGCUCGCAGCCCCCUGGCCUGACUUCGUCCCGCGCACUGGUGGGGAGAGCUACAAGGAGUUCAGUGUCCUGCUCCCCAAUCGCCAGGGCCUGAAAAGCGCUGACUGCUCCUUCUGGGCCAAGUACAUCCAGUCUCUGAAGGCGGUGGCAGAUGAAGCCAAACAAGAGCUGUCAGCAGAGAGUGAAGAGGACGACGAGCCAGCUGACUCCGGGCUGAUAGGAGAGCCAGGCUCCAAGAGCUACAGCAAGUGA